CCGGAGAUGGAUCGAUUGUGUGUGCUCAUUGUAACACUGUUGGCGUCAUUGGCAGCAUUUUCAUGCUUCGACACUUUCAAAGUUGAGGCCCACAGCCAUGCUGAUCAUAAUGUAGAACCAGCUGCUUACAAGUACAGUCGAGAAGCUAAUGAAGCAGCCGCAUGGAAUAAAGACAACGAUCACCAUCAUACGCACUCACACGGGGAGCAACAGAAGCAUACACAUGGAAUAGAUCACGAUCAUGGACAUUCGCAUGAAGAGUCGGAUUUUACACACGAAGGAUCCACUGACAGUCAUCACCAACAUAUCAAUGUUGAUUUGGAUCCGUUGCAUGAUUUGCAUGAUGAGCACGCACAUAGUCAUGGCGGUAAAUAUGCGCCUCGUAUUCAUGAUCAUUCGCAUGGCGAUGCAAAGAAACCGGGUGUGUCUGGAGGUCAAUUGAAAAAUGAAUAUACUUACGAUCCGAAAGGUGCAUCACUUAAAUCAUGCGCUUUUUUAUUAAUCCAAGCAUUGCUUGCAUUUUACAGUUAUUUACGAUUUAUGAAUGAUCCUUACACGAGACUUUGGGUGCACAGUAUCGGCUCUACGAUUAUCAUCAGUAUCGCACCAUUCAUUUUGCUGUCUGUGAUUCCUAUUCAGGCGAAUACAGCCGAAAAUGAGCCAUUAUUGAAAGUUUUGCUAAGUUUCGGUUCGGGUGGUCUACUAGGUGAUGCGUUUCUGCAUUUGAUACCUCAUGCUCAACCAGCAAGCAGCGACACACAUCACUCACACUCGCAUUCUCAUUCUCAUGGUCAUGAAGGUCAUUCGCAUGGACCACACGAUAUGAGUGUUGGUGCAUACGUUCUGGCUGGUAUAAUCGUAUUCCUGACAGUCGAAAAAUUGGUUCGAAUUUUCCGGGGUGCGGGCGAUGCCCAUGGACAUUCACAUUCGCAGGCGCAUUCUCAAAAAGGACAUUCUCGUUCAAGGAAGGGCAGUAAAACAAUUCGCAACACUAACAAAGCCAAAAAAUCAGAUGCGUCUUCUGCUGAAGAAGCGACAAUACAGGCAAAUAAUGAGACUUUCCAAAAUCAUUUUGCGAAAAUUGAUUUAGAUCUUAUUUUUCAAUGCAUACUUAGUUUGCAGAGCAGCUGUGAUGAAAGUGAGCGAAAGGAAUUGAUCAAGCACCAGUCUCAAACAGGAUUCAAGGUGGCCGCAUACUUAAAUAUGGCUGCCGAUUUCACACACAACUUCACAGAUGGUCUUGCAAUAGGAGCAUCGUAUUUGGCUGGAACAACUGUUGGAUUAGUGACAAUGAUUACAGUUUUGGUGCACGAGGUACCACAUGAAAUUGGUGAUUUCGCUAUACUCGUUCAAUCAGGUUUCUCAAAACGAAGAGCAAUGUGUGUACAACUUCUGACUGCAGUCGGUGCCAUUUCUGGAUGUGUUCUCUCACUUCUGACGGCUGAUGCACAAAACAUCACAGAAGCGGCUGCAGCCAGUUGGGUUUUACCUUUCACCGCGGGUGGUUUCAUCUACAUAGCAACUGUGUCCGUGAUACCGGAAUUAUUGGAGAAUUCAUCGCCUUGGCAAAGUGUAAAAGAAAUUACUGCCCUUCUAACGGGUAUCGCACUCAUGUAUAUGAUCGCAAUCUUCGAAUGA